UCUCCCCCACUCUCUUCUCCUCACAAUAUCUCUUUACUCUAUAUUCCUCCUCUUCUUCUUCUUCUUCUUCUUAUCUUCUAGCUUCUCUGCUUUUGCUGUGGUUCUUUCUGAUCUCCUGCUAUGGCGAUAGAUCUGGUCCCGUACUCCAAGAUGAAGGAUCCGAUGGCUAUACAAGAAGAAGCAUCGGCUGGGUUGAAGAGUAUGGAGCACCUGAUUUGCCUACUCUCCCAUCAAGCCCCUCGCGACAACCACCUUGACUGCCGAGAAAUCACCGACUUCACCGUUUCCAAAUUCAAGAAGGUAAUCUCCAUCCUAAACCGGACCGGCCACGCCCGCUUCCGCCGCGGACCUUCGAACCCUCCUUCAUCUUAUAGCGGACCGACAAACCCCGUCGAACGCCGUUCAGUCCCAGAUCCGGUCCGGCCUGAGAUACAGUCCCAGACCUUCACGCUUGAUUUCUCGAAACCUAGAACUGCUUCCGGGUCGCGACCGGUGUUGUCGGUAAAUCAGCAGUCUAAGGAGAGCUUCAGCAUAUCUCCACCCGUUUCCUCCACGACCUCGUCGCUUAUGUCAUCUGUUACCGGAGACGGCAGCGUUUCGAAUGGUAAACAAGGUUCCUCUCUCCUAAUAGCUCCGACCACCACCAUGUCGGCCGGGAAACCACCUCUUUCUUCGUCUCAGCGUAAAAAGUGCAGCGUAAAUCAUUCUCUCUCUGCUGCGAAUGUCUCCUCGUCUGACCGUUGCCAUUGCUCCAAGAAAAGGAAAUCCAGAGUGAAGAGGGCUGUCAGAGUUGCAGCAAUAAGCUCGAAGAUCGCGGAUAUACCGUCGGACGAGUUCUCGUGGAGAAAAUACGGUCAAAAGCCGAUAAAGGGCUCACCUUACCCAAGAGGGUAUUACAGAUGCAGUAGCGUGAAAGGGUGCCCAGCGAGAAAGCACGUGGAAAGAGCACAAGACGAUCCAAAUAUGCUGAUCGUAACAUAUGAAGGAGAGCACCGUCACCCGCACCCUCCGAUUCCGGCUGCGAGUUUCGCCCCUCAGUCGUCGGCGUGAAAUGGACGUUGGGGACCAGGACCUGAAAUUGAAAUCCCCAAUCAUCCUUUAUCGAACGGCAGGCCAGCCUGUCACCGGAGACCGUUGACGGUAAUUUUGCAGUUGAAAUGGUCAAAAGAUUCGAAGGAAGAAAGAAAAGAACAAAGUCAACUGUACUGGUCGGAACGGCUUUUAUUUAUUUAUUUUUGUAAAGUUGCUUAAAGUUAGGGGACUACAAGAUGAAAUUAAAUACUAGCAUUGUUUUUUUU